AUGUUGAUGCCCAUCAGUUGUGUGGAGUGUCGGCGACGCAAGGUGAAGUGCAACAAGCGCGUUCCGUGCAACCAGUGUCUCGUUCGGAAUCGCGAAUGCUCGUAUCCGGACAAGUUUCGUUCCAUACGUGUUGAUCAGUUUAUAGUGGACGGAGAAGGGGAGGCCGAGGCAUUACAGGCAUCCAAGUCGGCCUCGGGGUCUCCGAACGUGGAUGGUGUCCGGUCGGACUCGGAAGGCAACUCAUUGAAGCGGUCAGCAGAGGAUGCUUUGGCCCACCCUGUUACUCCGGCCAAGGAUAAGGACGAGGUCACUCAGAACCUGCGCAAGGAGAACGAGGCGUUGAAACUGAAAAUCAAGGAACUCAAGCUCAAGUACAAACGUGAACGGCUCAAGGAGUACGACGACGGCGACAACCUUGCCGAAGAUACUGCAGAUGCCAAGUCCGCCGGCCCAAUGUAUUACGGUCCCAACUCCACACGGUUUAUGAUUUCCAGCGCGCUUUCCAGGGCCGACGUGGGCGAAUUCGACGACUUCAUCAACGUCAAGAGACUUCUGAAACAGAAAAGACAGCUUCCGAUGCUGUACGAGCCCAGUCCCGAGCUGGCCAAGACUAUGAACGCUAGGCAAAAGUCGCAGGAGAACCUUAACCUGAUACGCAGUUUGGUGUGUAAGUUUUUCCAUUUAAGGUUCCAUUACUUGAACUAUCUGGACCUCGAGCCGUUGCUGGCGUUUCUCGACACAUACAAGAGCACCAAGACCUGGAAAGACGAGGACGACACUCUAUUAUUAAUUAUCAUGAUACUGAUCGUUGCGUUGAGAUCUAUCCCCGAGAACGACGAGCUCAUGAUAAAAUACAACCUCAGCUACACGGCAGCCCGUCCUCUGCUCUAUAAGCAGUACAAGAACCUCAAGGCUGGUAUCCAGCUCGAGACAACAACAAGUUUGCGGGCGUAUGUGCUCGAAUGCGAAGAUCUCUUCUUCAAUAUUCAAAUUGAAAAGUCUUGGAACCUGUUGUUCAAAACGGUGAGUGCUGCGUAUUCUCUUGGAUUGCACGUUUACGAUGAGAGCAUUGCCAACACGCUGAAGAACGAAAACAACGAAGCUGCCUUGAGCCUCGUGCGGAAAAACUCCAAAGCGUCGCUCUGGUUUGUAAUCAAUUUUGUCUCUGCUACGUUGUGUUCCGUGUUGGGACGGCCCAACCCGGUAACGUUCACGUUCCAGCCGCUGCUACGCAACUACGAGAUCAGACUCAACUUCAAAAUUGGGCUUGCAGAACUCGUGAAGAGAUCCACAAACAUUCUUAUCGAGUCGUACAAGAUCGAUAUCAAUUUCGACACCAUCAUGGAAAUUGAUGAGGCGUUUGUGGGCGAGAUCCUCAUUUACGAGAAGAUUUUGGCAGACACGGUGCAAGUACGCAAUAUGAAGGGCCGCGACCAUUCGAAACCCAGCCACAUCACCCUACCGGUGAUUGACAAAAACGCACGCAAAAAGAACUCGUUCCGAAGCCUGAGCCAGCUUAAUCUCAACUCGCUGCUCAACAGCUGUCCGUUGGAUAUCAGGUUCACGAUUCUGCGUCCGUGCGAAAUCAAGCCCGAGGAGAAGUUUUGCUUGCUAGACACAGACUGCGACACCAUCACCGACCUGAUCAUGUUGUACGGUAAUCGAGCCAAGUUCCACCAGCAUUUCAUGUCCACGUACCAGAAGUCGCUUGAGAGCUGUCUGGACAGCGUGCUGAAGGUGCUGGAGCACGCCAAUCUGCUUGUGGAGAUCCAGAGCCACGUCUUUGGCAAACCGUGUUUCCACGAAGUGUACCCGUACUUUUACACGUUCUUCUACCAAACGCUGGUGGUAAUGUACACCUUGUUGCACCUUGGCUACAACAAGCUGUCGUAUUUCGCCGAAAACAUUGCAACAGUUCGCCAGAAACUGGUCACACUUUUUGAAGCCGUGGGAGCAAAGUACUGGAGACCCAACGUGGUGCGGAUCAUGCAGUACAUCAAUGACAUGUGUGACAACUUCUUCAAGAUCCAUGUGGAAUCCAGACAGACGCCAGCAACGCCGCGUGAGUCUGCCGAGCCUAAAUUGGAAUCUCCGGGUCCAAGUCGGGCCUCAACCAUGUUCCAGAUGUCCAUGACGCCGAUCCACGAAAACGAAAUAGCAAUGUCCACCAAUUCUAAAAUCCAGCUGCACAACGUUCCGGAGCACCUAUCCCAGCCUCAGGCACAGCCCGCUUCUCUGAACAUGCUCUUGCAAGAAAGUACACCUAGACAACCGCUAUUCUACAUGCAGAACAACGUCAACUCGCUAUCGCAGAUCAAUCUCAACAACUACAAUCUGGAUUACUACGACCCGAAACAGCAAAUGUUCCCGCUACCACCCCAAUCGAAGGGAGCCGACUUCGCAAACCCGGGUAGAGAUCAGUCGGAUGCGCCAAUAACCGUUGAUCCCCUUCUCGGGUUUGAUUUGAGUGACCCAUUCUUUAUCCAAAAUCCGUCCAAUUUUAAUUACACCAACCCCGUGCUGCAGGAUAAGGCUACCGAAUUGGACCCGGAUGACGAAUUUGAUGUCCGUCCAGCCAACACAAGGUUCAACUCGAACGAAUCAAAUGACUUUACCAGCUAUCUCGCCGGCAAUACCAACAGCCGAGGCGAAAGCGUUGAGUAA